UCAAGUCUUUCUGAUUUAAACCAGCUGUACGCGGUCAGCGUCUUCCACGGACAGGCCCUGGGAUCGCUCUGGAUGUUAAAGCCCCCGCGCCUGCCCUUCCCACCCCCGGAGAUCUCAGUGUGGCGGUGAAACGUUCCGGCCCUCGGGCUCCGCCGCCGGCCGGGCAUCAGCGUCCUUUUCGGUGUAAAAUCGCGCUGAGGCGGAUCCCCGCCCCGGCCUUUCUGCCCUCGGGCCGUGCAGACGCCGCCUGCCGCGUGGUUUUCCUGCUUAAAACCCUUUCCUGACCACCGCCUGCCUGGGCUGGGUCAGGUCCUCACCGGCAGAGUCUCUGGCGACAUUCCGCCCCUCCCCUCUCAGUGUCGCCCCUGGAGGGCAACGAGGGCCGCCAGCCCUCUAGUGGUCCUGGGACUCUGAGACCCCGUCCGCGUGUCUUCCUCGGGCCGGAUCCCGCCCCCCCGCCGGCCUCCCCUUCUCAGUCAUUCUUUCUUCCUGAGCCCCGUGUCAGGAGAGGGGACCCGGGUUUAUCCUAUAACACCCCGUGUUCUUCUGUCCCCGAUUCCACCCCUUGGAAAGCGUGCACUUGCCGGGCAGCUGUCAGCUCAUUACAUCCCUGAGCACCUGUUGAUGAGACGAUCGGGAGAAAGACAUGGAGUAACUGCAAGAGAAAUGUAACUGUUGGAAUUUAGAAAACAAACACGUUGGAGUCACAUAAACAGAUGGCAGAAUGGAGGGUUGGGGAAGGACUUGCAGGAAACCCUAGGAGUGAAAGAGAAUAAACUGAAAAAACAAAGCAGGGAAGAAGAGAAAAUAGAUAUAACUAGAAAAAAGUAUAAUCAUCUAAGUGAAGGGAACAAAGGGUAGAGGGGCCCACAGUACUAGGUGUAGGAAGACAGAGGGGGAGGUAUUUCAACAGAUGGGGAUAUAAGGGGGCAGAGGAUAGAAGAGUUGGAGUCACGGGAGACAGAAUGACUUUGGUGGAGAGACAGACAGAGGUGCAAGGCGUGACACAGAGAUCAGAAGGAGAAACAGCAGGGAGGGAACUCGGCAAGCAUGGGAUCCAGGGAGUAGGGACAGAGGGAGCUUAACAGGGAGAGCAGAGAGGGACAGAGAUGCAGGGAGAAAGAGAAACAUGAAAAUGAGGGACAAUCAGAGAGGCUGGGGAGAAAGAGCAACCAGGUGAAACAGAGUGGGGCUGAACAGGUAUAGGAGGGGGACUAGAGAGAAGGGGAGAAACAGCAGGAGAGGAGAUAAAAACCAAACCAAAUUUGUUGCUGUCAAGUUGAUUCUGGUUCAUAGCAACCCCACAGGACACAGUAGAACUACCCCAUAGGGAUUCCAAGGAGAAGCUGGUGGAUUGGAACUGCCAGCCUUUUGGUUAACAGCCAAAUCUUAACUGCUGCACCGCCAGGGCCCUGGAGAGGAGAUAAUGGAGAACAAAAUGAGCAGAAACUGAGGAGGAAAUACAAUGUUUAAAAAAAAAAGGCAAGAGAAAAGGAAAGCCAGAAAGACAAAUGGCAUUCAGAGCGAGAGUGGGAAAUAGUCAUGAAGAAAGAGAUCCAGAUGAGUGGGUUGACCUCUCAAGAGUGAUCUUGCCUGAGAAUGAAGCAGAGAGGAAGAGGAGGAAAGAAGGAUGUGUCUGAAAUGGCUCUUUCCCAGGGACUGUUGACAUUCAGGGAUGUGGCCAUAGAAUUCUCUCAGGAGGAGUGGGCCUGCCUGGACCCUGCUCAGAGGGCUUUGUACAGGGAUGUGAUGUUGGAGAACUACAGGAACCUGGUCUUCCUGGGAAUCUCUCCUCCUGAGAUGAAUGUUUUCUCCAUUUUGAAGAAAAGGGCAGAGCCUUGGACUCUGGACAAGAUGUAUAUAGCAGAUGCCCCAGAUGUUUUUUCUACAUCUGUGAUCCAGGCAUUAUCACCAAAAGAGGUCAUUAAUAACGGAGAAUUAUUCCGAAGAGUAAUAUUGGAGAGAUAUGAAAGUCAUGGCACUGAGGAUUUUGACUUCAGGCAAUUCAGGGAAAAUAUGCAUGAGUUUGAGAGUCCAUGGGGAGAUGACGAAAGGAGUGACAAAGGAGUGAUUACAACCCAUAACAAUAUUCUCAAUGCCUUUAACAGUGGCUCAAACCUCACUAAACAUCAAAGAAUCCAUACUGGAAAGAAACUAUUUAAAUGUAAUGUACGUGGGAAGGUCUUCAGUCAAAAUGCACACCUUGAAGAUCAUCUGAGAAUUCAUACUGGAGAGAAACCUUACAAGUGUAAUAUUUGUGGCAAAGUCUUUAACUUUGGAUCAAACCUGACUAGACAUCAGAAAACCCAUACUGGUGAAAAACCACAUAAAUGUAAUAUAUGUGGCAAGACCUUUAGUCGACAUUCAGGCCUUUCCACCCAUCAGAGAAUUCAUACUGGAAAGCAACUAUGUAAAUGUAAUGUAUGUGGGAAGGUCUUCAGUCAAAAUGGACAGCUUGAAGCUCAUCUAAGAAUUCAUACUGGAGAGAAACCUUACACGUGUAAUGUAUGUGGAAAAUCCCUAACUAAAGGCUCACACUUAACUAGACAUCAGAGAAUCCAUACUGGUGAGAAACCAUAUAAAUGUAAUGUAUGUGGCAAGUUCUUUAGUCGAAAUUCAGGCCUUACAACUCAUCAGAGGAUUCAUACUGGAGAGAGACCUUACAAAUGUAUUGAAUGUGGUAAGGCAUUUAUCCGAAGAACACACCUUGUGGAACAUCAGAGAAUUCAUACUGGAGAAAAACCUUACAAAUGUAAUGAAUGUGGGAAGGCUUUUACUCAAAGAGCAAACCUUAUAGAACAUCAGAGAAUUCGUUUGGCACAGAGAACUUACAAAUGUAAUAUGCGUGGCAAAACCUUUAACUCUGCCAAGAGUAGAUUCGCUGCCUCCCAGGAACUUCUCGUCCCGCCAGCCACGUCGCCGCGCACCCUCGCAGACCGGCUGGGCCCCCUCCCGGGGUUAGUUCAGGGGAGUGGAGCUGCUCCCCGUGCUUGCUCCGUGACAGCGCCCAGUCAAAAGCCCCGCGGCAAGAUUCCCCGGCUGGGACGCUGCACUCCCAGCUCCAAGACCAGUCACUGCCUCCCGGGGACUUCUCCCAUCGGCUGUGUCUCCACGCCGCCCACGAGGACCAGCUGGGCCCCCUCCCGGGGAAGCGCGUUGCUCCAAGACCCAGGAUUGACCUCUCAAUGCUGGUCCUGCCCAAGAAUGAAGCCAGGAGGAAUAGGAGGAAAGAAAGAGGCAUCUGGAAUGGCCCUUCCCCAGGGAAUGUUGACAUUCAGAGACGUGGCCAUAGAAUUCUCUCAGGAGGAGUGGGAACGCCUGGACCCUGCUCAGAGGGCUUUGUACAGGGACGUGAUGUUGGAGAACUUCAGGAACCUCGUCUCCGUAGGACUCUCUCCUGAGAUGAAUUUUAUCUCCAUUUGGAAGAAAGGGACAGAGCCCUGGACUAUGGACAACAAGAUGGAUAAAGCGAACGACCCAGUAUCUGUGGUCCAGGAAUUAUCACCAAAAGAGAUCAUUAAUAACGGAGAAUUAUUCCAAAGAGUGGUGUUGGAAAGACAUGAAAGUCAUGGCAUCGAGGAUUUUGACUUCAGUGGCUCAAACCUCACUAAACAUCAAAGACCCCAUACUGGAAGGAAACUACAUAAAUGUAAUGUAUGUGGGAAGGUCUUCAGUCAAAAUGGAUAUCUUAAAGAUCAUCUGAGAAUUCAUACUGGAGACAAACCUUACAAAUGUAAUGUUUGUGGCAAAGCCUUUAACUUUGGAUCAAACCUGACUACACAUCAGAAAACACAUACUGGUGAAAAACCACAUAAAUGUAAUACAUGUGGCAAAACCUUUAGUCGACUUUCAGGCCUUACAGCCCAUCAGAGAAUUCAUACUGGAGAGAGACCUUACAAAUGUGUUGAAUGUGGUAAUACUUUUGCCCGAAGAUCAAAACUAGCAGAACAUCAGAAAAUUCAUGCUGGACAGAAACCUUACACAUGUAAUGUAUGUGGAAUAUCCUUAACAAAAGGCUCAAGCUUAACUAGACAUCAGAGAAUCCAUACUGGUGAGAAACCAUAUAAAUGUAAUGUAUGUGGUAAGUUCUUUAGUCGAAAUUCAGGCCUUACAAUUCAUCAGAGAAUUCAUACUGGAGACAAACCUUACAAGUGUAUUGAAUGUGGGAAGGCAUUUAUCCGAAGAACAGAACUUGUGCAACAUCGGAGAAUUCAUACUGGAGAGAAACCUUAUAAAUGUAAUAAAUGUGGGAAGGCUUUUACCCAAAGACCAAACCUUAUACAACAUCAGAGAAUUCGCUUGGUGCAGAGACCUUACAAAUGUGUAUGGCAAAGUCUGUAAUUCUGCCUCACAACUUGCUACACAUCAGAGAAUCCAUACUGGUAAAAAAGCCUAUAAAUGUAUGUGGCAUGGACUUUAGUCAGAAUUCAAAUUUUACAAUUCAUCUGAGAAUCCAUAUGGGAGAGAAAGCUUACAAAUGUAAAAAGUGGCAUAAACCUUUAACUGGGGCUCGGUGCUCACUGUUAGGUGCCGGUUCCCACUCAUACUGACCCUAUGUACAACAGAAACACUGCACAGUCUUGUACCAUCUUCACAAUCCUUGCUAUGUUUGAGCCCAUUGUUGCAGUCACUGUGUCAACCUAUCUAAUCAAGAGUUUUCCUCUUCUCAACUAUCUAACUUACCAAGCAUGAUGUCGUUCUCCAGGGACUGGUCCCUCCUGAUAACAUGUCCAAAGUAUGUGAAACAAAGUCUCACCAUCCUUGCUUCCAAGGACCACUUUGGUUGUACUUUCUAAGACAGAUUUUUUGUUCUUCUGGCGGUCCACGGUAUAUUCAGUAUUCCGUGUCAACACCGUAAUUCGAAGCUAUCAGUUUUUAUUUGGUCUUCCUUAUUCUUUGUCCAACUUUUUCAUACAUGUGCGGUGAUUGAAAACUGGCUUGAAAUGGACAUGAAAAGAGAGUGGAGGGAAGGAGUGUGCUGUCUCAUUAGGGGGAACGCAAUUAGGAAUAUAUAGCAAGGUAUAUAUAAAUUUUUGUACGAGAGACUGAUUUAACUGGUAAACUUUGACUUAAAGCACAAUAAAAAUUUAAAAAAGAAAA